GGACACUCAGACGGCGCGAGGACACCCAGUUUGAUUCCCCAGUACCCCCCAGCCACAAGGCACAUUAUGUUUAGAUCGGUGCUCAUUCUCCUCUGCACGAUUUCGCCCUGUCUGCCUGCCUCUGUUGAAGGUGGCGUCGUCGGGCCCAGGCUGAGCAAUGGCCAGCUGUACAAAUUCAGCUACUCCACUGAAGUGCUGUUGGACAGGGCCAAGGGGUCGUCUGAGAGCAGCGCCGGCUAUAGGGUUUCAUCCAGCGUUGACAUCAACUUGGUGUGGAGAAAUCCAAGCAGUAAAGAUGAUCAGCUACUCAGAGUGCUGAUCGGAGAUGUGAAGAUCGAGAACGUUACGCCACGUCCGGAAAAGAAAAAUAUACUCGCUGGCUCCACGACCCAAAGCAUUCUGGGAAAAGGCAAUUUGGAGACGCUGCAGAGACCGUUCCUGGUGCACUGGAAACUUGGGAAGGUGAAGGGCCUGUACUCGUACCAGAAUGAACCUGCAGUAAUCAGAAACUUCAAGAGGGGCGUGGCCAGCCUUCUCCAGCUGCAGCUCACUUCCGGAAAAGUGGAGGAGGUGGACGUUUCGGGGAGGUGUGCAGUGGAGUACAAGGUCGGGAAGGACCAGGUGACCCGGGUUAAGUUGCUGGACAGCUGUAAGACGGCUGAGACGGGAUUCACCACACUCAACCCAGUCCUGGGUGUUAAUGGCAAGUCCUCCUCUAUCACGGAGUUCACCCUGCAUGAAGGUUUCAUCAAGUCGGCCGUUUCCGAGGAGACGCACAUCAUCUCUGUCAAUGCACGUCGCACCAUUGCCACCAAAGUGGUCUCCAGGCAGUCACUGGUGCUGGUGAAAAAAGAGCCUGGACCUCAGGAAAGUGCCGGAAAACAGGUCACCACCGUUAUCAAAUCGCUGGACGCCGAUUUUGUCGUCAUUACCCCGUCACCGCCGAAGGGCAAGCAUCUCUGCAAGGGUUGCCCUUCUCUCUGGGAGCACUGGCGGGGUGUUCACAAGGACCUGGAACCAGAAAGACUGUCAAGAGCUACGGGACCUCGCACCUUCCUAAGGCUGAUUAAGACCCUGAGGAGAGCCUCCAAGGAGGAGAUCCUUCGAGUGUUGAGGAACAGCACCAAGACAGCCCUGCCUCAGUUGGUGGAUUCCGUCACCUCCGCCCAGACUCCCGCCUCCAUGGACGCCAUCCUGGAGUUCAUAGACUUCUCCAACUCGAAGCAGCUGGUCCUGCAGGAGCGGUUCCUCUACGCCUGUGGCUUUGCCUCCCACCCCAACGAGGAUUUGCUGAAGUCCCUGCUGGGUUUGUGGAAAGGGAAGAUCACCAGUAAUGACAUCAGAGAGUCGGUGAUGAUCAUCAUGGGUGCCCUCGUCCGGAAGCUCUGUCAGAAAGGGGGCUGUGACCUGCCUACUGUAGUGGAAGUCAAGAACCUGAUCCUGGAGGGUCCUGACAGCACACAGGUGGAGUCAGACGUGCAGAUGUACCUGCUGGCCAUGAAAAAUGCACUGGUCCCCGAGGCCAUCCCAGUGCUUACCAAGUACACCGAAUCAGAGGUCGGGGCCUACAGCACCAUCGCCAUCACGGCCCUGCAGAGAUACAACUUCCAUCUCAUCACAGACGAGGUGAAACGGACUCUGAACCGCAUCUACCACCAGAACCGGCGGGUCUUCGAGAAGAACGUUCGGGCCGCGGCCGCCGACGUCAUUUUCAGCAGCAGCCCCACGUACAUGGAAGUGAAAAACCUGCUGCUGUCCAUCGGGCACCUGCCCCACGAGAUGAACAAGUACAUGCUGUCCAAGGUGCAGGAUAUCCUGCGCUUCGAAAUGCCUGCCAGUAAGGUGAUCAAGAAAGUCCUGAAGGACAUGAAUACACACAACUAUGACCGCUUCUCCAAGCUGGGGUCCUCCUCUGCUUUCUCGGGCUACAUGACAAAAGAGACGGACAUCACCACCAUCUACAACCUUGACCUCCUGUAUUCCGGGUCCGGGGUCCUCCGUAGAAGCAACAUGAACAUCUUCGCUCUCAGUGGGGGUUUCCAUCUGCAUGGUCUUCAGGUGGCCAUCGAGGCGCAGGGCCUGGAGUCCCUGAUUGCCACCACGCCCGAUGAAGGUGAAGAGGAGCUGGAGUCUUUUGCCGGCAUGUCGGCUUUGCUCUUUGACGUGCAGCUACGUCCCGUCACCUUUUUCAAGGGCUACAGCGACCUUAUGUCCAAGAUGUUCUCCAUGUCUGGAGACCCCAUGAACGUAGUGAAAGGCCUCAUACUGCUGCUGGACCACUCCCAGGUCCUCCAAUUACAGUCUGGGCUGAAAGCCAGCAUUGAGUUCCAGGGAGGGUUGGCCAUUGACAUUUCGGGCGGCAUGGAGAUCAGCCUGUGGUACCGGGAGUCCAAAACCAGCGUAAACAACAGAGGUGCGCUGGUGAUGAGUGCAAACGUGACUGUGGACCUGGAGUUCGCACGCGCUGGAAUGGAGCUCGGCUUUGAGUCCGAGGCAUCGCUGGACUUCGUCACCACGGUCCAGUUCUCCGAGUAUCCAUUCCUGGUCUGCCUGCAGAUGGAUAAGGCCACCUUCCCCUUCAGAGAGACCCUAACAAAAUAUGAGGGCCUUCCAUCUGGGAAAAGCUUUAUCUCCCGCAAAGGCAGGAAGGGCCUUGUUCCCGGCUCGGAAUUCCCCCUGCACCAGGAGAACUCAAACAUGUGCAAGAAGGUGUUUGAAGGGUAGGCCCUGCUCACCCCCAGAUCCCCCACUCCAGGAUACCCCGGGAGUGUGGCAGCUCUCGUGGGGGUUAGCGGGAUGAGCAGAGGAGUGCUGUGGACAAAGGACCUCACCCCGACCCCCCAGCUGAGCUCCCGUUCUAUUUAUUAUUUAGGAAAAUGUCCUGAAAUGAAUCUCUCAAGCCGACAGUGAGAUGUGGGAAUGCAUAGCCAAGGAAAGUCACACAUGCAAUGUUUACAUAUUUGUUUUGCGAAGCAAAAAUAUACAUAUUAUUGGUAUUGGGGAACAUUGGUGCCUUUUCGGAUUAUUCUGUUAAUAUAUUAUUUGAAUUUGUUUUUAUAUGGGUAUUUACAAGUAUCCUUUGUUCCAAGUACACACUUUGUCGUAUGCUAAAAAACAUUUACGCAUGCAUGUACGUUUAAAUGUUGUAUGAAGUCGUCUCUGGCUCCACCUGAUGUGUGACCGUUUACAAAAACACUAAUUAACAAUGUAAAUUUUGAACUUGAAACUAGGCCUUAAAUGCCAGAAAGAAGUAGCUGAGGGCGUCUAGGUGUGGUGGACCAAGGAUGGCGACUGGGUUGGGCCGGGGCAUACUCAGGGGCGGGGCCACAGGGCUACUAGCCUCAGCUGAAAGCUGAUUGGCCCCUGGAGUGCCUCCUCCCCUGUCACUCACUGAUUCAUAACAUUUUAUUGGCUUUUGGAUACAUUUUCUUUAAAAAAAAUCACAGAAUUGCCCCUGCGACAGGGGGAAUAUCCUGACCUUACUGUAGACCUGGGUGUAGACCUCUCAGUAAGUGUAGUUCUGGUCCUUCAUAUCAUUCCUUAAACCUGACCAUGGCAUGCAGACUGUCAUUAACUGGCCUAUAGAUUGGCUCAAGUAAUUGGGUUUGGCUGUCCAAACAUUUAACUUACUCUAAUCACCUGGCAAGGACAAACUUCUAUUCUUUUGGCAUGUAUAUUGUCCCUCCAUUUCCACUAAGCUAGUGCAGCCAAGGGAGAGCCUUAAUUGCUGUGAUUGUGCUCCUGAUAUGAAGAAAUGUCCACGUGAAUGCAAUAAACGAGCAGUCUGGCUGUGUUUUAUCUUC